UACAGGCGGCGGUGCAAGCAAGCAGCCAGGCGCGUGCCCAGGCAACGCAGCCGCCAGCCGAGCAGGAGCAGCGCGCGCCCGAGAAGCAAGCAGGAGCGGCACGCCGGCAAGCAAGCAGUUGCAGGCUUGCAGCGCGCGCGCACCCGAGCAGCGAGCGGCCAAGCGACUGGAGCGAGAAAGCUGCAAGCAGCAGGGCAGCAGGCCGCCGUCCGCUGGCUGGCUGGGCAUUUGGGCAAGCAACCGAAGCAAUCAGCCAAGGAGGCAAUCAGGCAAGCAAUUAAGCAAAGCAAGAGCGGCCAGCAAGCAGCGAUUUGAGUCGCGCAACAAGCAAGCAGACCAGCGCAGGCGCAGCAAGCAGCAAGCAGUGUACAAUAUGAAGAGAGUUCGAACAAUUGCAUCAUUUUAUCAAGUCGCGUCAAAUCAAGAAUCGAAUGAAAUCAUUCAAAACGUACAAAUUGGGACUAAUUUGGAUGAAAAUGAAAACAAUCAAGAAUCACUAGAUGUUGGGACUGCACAAAAUAAUACGGAAUCAAUAGAUAGUGAGAUUGUUGGUGAUCCUGGACUUCGAAAACCAAUUGAAGAGUUAGAUGUGAACAUUCGAGAUGUUGUUAGAAGAGAGUAUUUAUUGUUAGGCCCUUGUCAACCAAAAGGUCACAUAUUUCCCAAGAAGCGAAUAGGAGAUAGACAAAGAAGUUUUCAGGAAUCAUGGUUCAAAAAGCAUGAAUGGUUGGAAUACAGUGUUGCUAAAGAUGCGGCCUUUUGCUUUUAUUGUUUCCUUUUCAAGCAACCAAGAAGGGAAAACUUUGGUGUUGAAAGCUACACUGGUGCGACAGGGUAUAACAAUUGGAAGAAUGCGAUUAAGUCAUUUGAUGUACAUGUGGGUAACAUUGAUAGUGCUCAUAAUAAGGCUAGAAGAUGUUUUGAUGAUUUUAAAAAUCAAAGACAGAGUGUGUCACAUGUAAUGUCACAAGUUGUAUGUUGACAUCACCGGAGAUUCAAAAGCAAAUUUGUGAGGCUUGUGCAGAAGAGACCAAAAAAGUCAUCUUAGCUGAAAUUGGGGAUAAGAAAUUUGCUAUAAUCAUCGAUGAGGCCCGAGACACAUCUAUCAAGGAACAAAUGGCUUUGAUUUUGAGAUUUGUCAACAAUCAAGGCCAGGUGAUUGAUAGAUUUCUUGGAAUUGAACAUGUUACAGAUACAAGCUCAUCUUCACUUAAACAAGCUUUAGAUGGUAUGCUCUCUAAACAUAAUCUCUCUAUAAAAAACUUACGUGGGCAAGGAUAUGAUGGAGCAUCAAACAUGAGAGGGGAAUUCCAUGGGUUACAGAGAAGGAUAUUGGAUGAGAACCCCUAUGCCUUAUGUCGUCUUCAACUCAUGUGGAGUGCUGUCUUAGAGGUGUUAGAGAAUGUAUGUCAAGAUGCCACUAAUCUAGCACAAAGAACCACAGCGACAGGUUUAUUAGAGAAAAUGGAGAGCUUUGAGUUUGUUCUUGUGUUACACCUCAUGAUCAAAGUUUUGGGUAAGACAAAUGACCUGUCACAAUGCUUGCAAAAGAAAGAUCAAAAUAUUAUUCGUGCCAUAGGAUUGGUUGGUGUCACAUUGCAAAAAUUAAAUGAGAUAAGACACCAUGGUUGGGAUGCUAUUUUUGAAGAGGCCAAGGAUUUUUGUCUCAAGCAUAAUAUUGUUGUCCCGGAUAUGUCAGCGGAAAUAGUUAGAAGAGGAUGUUCUAGAGGCCGUAGAGGACAGUUGGUUACUUAUUAUGAGCAUCUUCAUCAUGAAAUAUUCAAUGUGGUGUUGGAUCAAGUUAUAGUUGAGUUUAACAAUCGUUUUGCUGAAAGGUCUACUCAACUCUUGAGAUGUGUUGCUUGUCUUGAUCCUAGUAAUUCUUUUGCCAACUAUGAUGAAGAUAAGCUUGUUGAACUUGCACAAAUUUAUGUUGAUGACUUCACAGAAUAUGAUUGUAUAGUUCUUAGAGACCAACUUGAUACAUUCAUUACCGAAGGAAGAGAAGAUUCAAGUUUCCUAUCAUGUUGUGAUCUUGGUAAUCUUGCUAUGAAGAUGGUUAAGACAGAUAGACAUACUGUAUUCCCAUUGGUUUAUCGUCUAAUUGAAUUGGCUUUGAUUUUGCCUGUUGCAACUGCAACUGUAGAAAGAGCAUUUUCAGCCAUGAAAAUCAUCAAGACAGAUUUGCGAAAUAAGAUGGGUGAUGAAUGGAUGAGUCAUUGUAUGAUUUGCUAUAUCGAGAGGGAUAUAUUUGCAAGUAUUGAAGAUCGUCAAAUUAUAGAGCAUUAUCAAGCCAUGAGAACACGAAGGGAGCAAAUACCAAAGACAAGAAAUAUUUCUAUUGUUGAUGAAAGCAAUCUAAGUAAUUGAUGAAUUGGUCAUUGAGACAAAGAUCUAUAAUUUUCUUAAUUAGUGUUAUUUUCGGCCCUACCCUUAGAAGUAUGCUGGCUCCGCCACUGGCUACACGCCUCCUCCACGGUAAAAGCAAGCCGACCCGGAACAAGAAGCUAGUCUAUGGACGUCGGAUCGGACAAGAAGUGCCAUGCAUGCGCUAUGGCUGAUCGUCAAAGUUUCACGUCCGGUCCGGAGGAUAUUGGACGAGAAAACGGCAAAGGAUCCUGCCCUGCCAGCCAUUGGCGUAGGUAGGUGACCGACCGGGCGCGAGUGAGAUCAACUUGGCGAUUUCGGGUGCGAAAUUUGCACCCCAAGGACCACGUACGGCCCCAACCUGUCCGGGACCGGGGGUGCUCUGGAGUCUGGCCUCUGGGGCUCUUUGCAGCUCUCCCGCUCUAUUUAUCCGUUUCUCUCCCAACCCCCUCCGCUCCGGAGUCCGGACUCUCCAACUGAUCUCGCACUGACAGUCCUGUCACACCGCCAAUGGAAGAAGCCCCGGAGCUGAUCAGCCCCAGGAUCUCCUUCUCGCACGACCUAGCAGCCGCGACACCGCCGCCAGCGCCAGCGCCAGCCCUGCUUGCCGGCCGGCGGUCGGACGCGUCGCUGCUCGGGUCACGCCCGCGCCUCCCGGAGCCGGACUUCGACUUCGACUUCGACUUCGCCAACGCCACGGCCGCCGCCGACGUCGCCCCGGCCGACCGCCUCUUCGCCGGCGGCAAGCUGCUGCCGCUGCCGCCGCUUCCGCCCGCUCCGAAGCCCAACAACCCGUGCAAGCCACAGGCUUGCAGCAGCAGCAGCACCAGUGUCAAGCAGGCGCAGCAGCAGGCGUGCCAACAGAGGCGGCCGGGGUCGUGGGCGUCCUCGUUCUCACGCAGCAGCAGCGCCAACUCGGCCACGACGGGCGCGCCGCGGUCCGCGGGGAGGUUCGGAUGCCCGCCGUUCCCGCUGAUGCGCAGCUGGUCAGUCGGCUCGGCGGCGAGCGUGGCGCGGGGUGCUGCUGCUGCCACCUUGGGUGAUGAUGGCGCGGCCCCGGACGCCGCCGCCGCCAGCCAUCGGCCUCAUCAUCACCAGUACCACAAGAAAUUCGGCAUCGUCGCUGGGGCUGCUACUAGCAACAACGGUGGUAGCUCAAGAACUUACUACUAUGGAGGUAGCAGAAAAGGCGGCGGCGGCGGCGGCAGUAGCGGUAGCCAUGGUGUUAGGGUUCGGCCGGUGCUGAACGUGCCGUUCAUCGGCACAAGUGUGUCCAACGUGCUCAGCUACUUGCUCUGUGACUGUAGCCACGGGACCAAGAAGAGUAGGGGCUUGUAGAGUUAACUGGCCUGGUGCUGGUGCCUCAGCUAAUACGUUGAAUGUAGAGGGCUCGUGUUUGGAACAUAAACCACUACCCAAUAACCCAACGGACAUCCAACAGUUCCUUCCGACAUAAUUGAACUCGCAUUCAAAAAGCUUGUGAAUUAAACGCAUUCAAAAAACAAAAAAACAUGGUUACAAGUUAUUUA